GGCUGCUGCUGCGGUGCAGAUCAGAGGAAGAUGGUUAUCGGAGGUUGGGCGUGGUCCUGGUGGCUCGUCACGGACGUACAGAGGUUGUCUCUGGAGGUCAUGACCUUGAACCCGGUCUGCGAGACUGUGGAGACGAAGGAAGGAGUGCCGCUGACCGUGUCUGGCGUCGCCCAGGUAAAAGUGAUGACAGAGAAACAACUGCUGGCGACGGCAUUGGAACAGUUUCUGGGACAGAGCCCCGAGCACAUACAGACCGUUAUACUGCAGACCAUGGAGGGACAUCUACGUGCCAUCCUAGGUACGCUCACCGUGGAGCAGAUCUACCAGGACCGCGACGAGUUUGCGACACUCGUGCGCGAGGUCGCGUCGCCGGACGUCGGCCGCAUGGGCAUCGAGAUCCUCAGCUUCACGAUCAAGGACGUCUUCGACACCGUCGACUACCUCGGAUCGCUCGGACGCGUGCAGACGGCUGCGGUGAAGCGGGACGCCGACAUCGGCGUCGCCGAGGCCAACCGCGAUGCGGGAAUCAAGGAGGCGGAGGCUGAGAAGCUUCGCAUGGACACCAAGUACCAGUGCAACACGCUGAUAGCAGAUCACGCGCGCGCCUACGAGAUGAAGAAAGCCGAAUACGACAUGGAGAUCAACACCAAGGUGAGCCGUGUGCGCACGCCGGGUCAUCGGGAGGUCGGGAAAGGUCAGGGAAGGGUCGUUGAAGAUCAGGAAAAAUCAGGGAAGGGGUUGGGAAAG